CUGAACGCUCUAAGAGUGCGACAACAAUUUAAAAUUUAGUUAUUUUUUACUAGCGACUGGCAAAAGACCACAAAAAUUUUAAAUUUAUUGAAAAUAUAAAAAAUAGAAUAAUUAUGAGUAUUGUACCAAAAACUAUUAAUGCCGAUUUGCAAAAGGAACGUCAAAAUGCCACUUUUAAUGUAGAGGAUUUUGCUUUGUGGUGGCAUGGGGGCGAAGAGAAAUUGAAAUUUAAACGAGAAUUGGAAACCUAUAUGGUUAAGGAUAAAAAUGAUGAUGCUGCUACAGUGCAUUAUAAAUCACAUGAAGAUAUUUACAAUACCGCCGUGGAAGAUGCGAUAAUAGCAGCCAAAAAAUUGCAAAAACUACAAGAGGAACGUAAUCCUGGUGGCAAAGAUAUAUGGCCUGCCAAAUUCGGCUCUCCCGAAUGUUGGGGUGCUCUGCCAGCCGGUAAUCCUUUUACUGUACAAUUUGCUAUGUUAGUUGAUGCUAUACGCAAACAGGGUACCGAUGAACAGUUUGAGAAAUUUGGCAAAAGAGCGGAAAAUUUUGAAAUUUGUGCUACUUAUGCUCAAACUGAAUUGGGUCAUGGCACCUUUUUGCGUGGCUUACAGACACGAGCCGAUUUUGAUCGUGAGACUGAUGAGUUUGUUUUGAAUACUCCCACAUUGACGGCUUAUAAAUGGUGGCCUGGAGGAUUGGGUCAUUCUUCUAACUACUGUUUGGUAGUGGCUAAUUUAUAUAUCGAUAAUGAUCCCAAAGGUAUGGCCAUGUUUAUGGUUCAAUUGCGCGAUGAAGAGACUCACAUGCCUUUGCCAGGCAUUGAUGUGGGUGAUAUUGGUAAGAAAUUAGGCUUCUUCGGUGUAAAUAAUGGUUAUUUGGGUUUGAAAAAUGUACGCAUACCACGUACAAAUAUGCUAAUGCGUAAUGCACAAGUAAAUCGUGAUGGUAGUUAUGUUAAAAAUCCGGUAUCGGUAUUGGCCUAUUUUACUAUGGUUUUAGUAAGAUGUAUGAUAGCACAAAAUAAUGCUAUAUUAUUAUCGAUGGCCGCUACUAUUGCCACAAGAUAUUCAGCGGUGAGAAGACAAAGUCCCAUUAAUGACAAUGAACCCGAACCCCAGAUUAUAGAUCAUGUUACCCAACAAAUGAAAUUAUUUCCGGAAAUUGCUGCAAGUAUAGCAUAUAAGUUGGCUUCUGCGAAAUUGUGGUCUUUGUAUUAUCAAACUUCGGCGGAUAUAAAACGUGGUGAAUAUUCUCGUCUACCCGAAAUGCAUGCUUUAGCCUGUUCCAUGAAAGUAUUGUGUUCCAGCGAUUCGACUAUGGGUAUAGAACGUUUACGUUUAGCCUGUGGUGGUCAUGGCUAUUUGACAUCUUCAAAUUUGGGUAAUUUAUAUGUUGCUGCUACAGCCGCUUGUACAUAUGAGGGAGAAAAUACUGUGUUACUGUUGCAAGUAGGUAGAUUCUUAAUGAAAUCCUAUCGUCAAGCUUUGGCGGGCAAACCCUUGUCUCCCACCGUCGCUUAUCUAAAGGAUUCAUUAAAUAAUCGUGACUUUGGCAGGUGGACAGGUUCUUGGCAAAAUAUGGUGCAAGCUUUACAAUUCACAGCAGCCAAUAAAACUCGCAUUGCUUUUGAAAAUUUAUCACAACGUUUGAAAGCGGGCCAGUCAGAGGGUGAGGCUGCUAAUAAUACCGGCAUCGAAUAUACUCAAGCUGCCGAGUUGCACGGCCGUUCUUUUGUUAUUGCCAGCUUUUUGGAAGAAGUCACUGGUCCCAAUGCCAAAUUGCGAAAUCCCGCAUUGAAUAAAGUUUUAGAAGAACUUUUAGAAUUGUAUUUGGUUCACACGUCUUUAAGACACAUGAACGAUUUAUUGAGAUUUAUAAGUAUCACCGAUGCCGAUUUACGCUCCUUACAAGUACGUUUGGAGGAGGCCUUAAAAGCUUUAAGACCCAAUGCUGUUGCUAUUUGUGAUGGUUUCGAUCAUCAUGAUAAUAAUUUAAGAUCCACCUUGGGCUCGUAUGAUGGCAAUGUUUAUGAACGUCUUUUUGAGGCUGCCAAAAAGAGUCCUUUGAAUAAGGAACCGGUACCAAAGUCAUUCCAGACACAUUUGAGACCUUUCAUGAAAUCCAAAAUGUAGAAAAGAGAUUUUUGAAAAACAAUUUGUAUAUAAAAUGUAUGUAAAUAUGUAAAAUAAAAUUAAUCAAAAUUU